AUGGAAAACCGAAAAAGAAGCGCAAACGAUGAACCAAUCGAAAAAGCGGAAGAGGCGAAGAAAUCGAAAGAAACCAAACAACUUUACAGUACUCCAGCAGCAUACGGAUGUCGAAAAGGAGAACGAUCGGAUAUGCAAGAUACUCACAUCAUGCAACCGAAAUUCGAUCUAGGAGCUGACAAAGAAUUUCUAUCUCGUUCUUCGUUUUUUGCCAUUUUCGACGGUCAUGCUGGACCACGUGCUUCCGAACAUUGUCAGAGACAAAUGGGUAAAACAGUGAAAGAAAAACUAGACAAAUCUUCCGAUUUCACUACAAUGACCAAGUCACUGAAACAGUCUUUCACAGAAUCAUACAAAUCGGUGGACGAUGAAUUUCUGGCAUUAGCGAAGCAAAACAAACCAAUGUGGAAGGAUGGAACUACCGCUACAACGAUGAUAAUUCUGAAUAAUGUAGUCUACGUAGCGAAUAUCGGUGAUAGCAAAGUGGUUGUGGCUCGCAAGAAGGAUGAUGGUUCAUUUUCUCCAGUGUGUCUUACUGUAGACCAUAAUCCAAUGGCUCACGACGAAAGAAUGCGGAUUCAGAAAACUGGAGCGACAGUGAAAGAUGGGAGAAUCAAUGGAAUCAUCGAGGUGUCAAGAUCUAUCGGGGAUUUGCCCUUCAAAUCUCUCGGAAUCAUCAGCACUCCGGAUCUGAAGAAAUUGACACUCACUUCAAAUGAUUUGUGA